AUGGCCGCCGCAGCAGGAGCAGGUUCGAGGUUCCAGGCCUUUAUGAACCACCCGGCGGGUCCCAAAACCGUCUUCUUCUGGGCACCGAUCAUGAAGUGGGCCCUCGUCAUUGCAGGCAUCAAGGACCUCAGCCGGCCCGCCGACAAGCUCUCGGUCUCGCAAAAUGUCGCCCUGGCCGCGACGGGCAUGAUCUGGGUCCGAUAUUCGCUCGUCAUCACCCCCGUCAACUACUCGCUGGCCGCCGUCAACUUCUUUGUGGGCACCACCGGCAUUGCGCAGCUCUACAGGAUCUGGGAGUGA